CGAGUAUAAAAGGGGCGCGAGGAAGAGUGUUGGCACAGUGCAGGUUUGACUGACCUACCAGCAGCAGUCUAUACGAAUUCACUACCCACCAUGAAGACCUCAGUGAUGUUCCUCCUUCUGGCUUUGGCCACCGUCUCUUAUGCUGACAAGACUGAAGAGAGACAGAUUAUCCAGACCCUCAAGAACUUCAAAAGUUUCAGAAACGACUUCACUUCAUCUGGCAACGAGGGCAAAUAUGCAUUUGCGUACCAUGUUGGCGACAGCGAACGCGCGGAAGAGCGAAAUGAAGAGGGCGAAGUGAGUGGCCAAUACGCUUUCGUGGCCCCCGAAGGAGACGAAUACGAGUUCAAGUACAACGCUGACGAAGAAGGUUACCGUGUAGAGAGCGACGCCCUCCCAGAGGCUCCUGAAGAUACCGAUGACGUAAAGAAAGCUAAGGAAGAAUUCUUCCAGGCUUACCAGAAGGCCCUUGAACGCGCAGAAGAAGAUGACUACGAAUAUUCCGAGGAAAGUGAUGAAGAUUCUGACGAAGAUUCUGAAGAUUCAGACGAAGAAUCUAGUGAAGAGUCCAGCGAGGAAGACGACGACGAUGAAGAAGACGAAGAAGAACCCGUCAGAGGAGCUUCUCCCUUUGGAUUCAGAGUGCCUAUCCCUUACAACAGGAAGUAAUAAGUUAUCACCACGGCCCUCAGUCUAGCUCCUCGCCUGCCACUUCACACUCAGUCUUGUUUCGUGGUGGUAUAGUAGGUACAGAAGUGAUGAGCAGCUCUGGACUCCCUUUCCUCAUUUCGACAGUGUUUGUAAAUAUAAUUUUGACCCAAAGGCUCGAGUAGAAUUAGAAGAUGUCUUGUGAGCCUUUGUUAUUCGACUAAAGUCCCAGAGCUGCGCAUCACUCUGAGAUAGACUCCUCCCACCAUCCCCGUCCCUUCAGUCAAGCAUGUCACUGUACAUAAAACAUUAAUUUUUAAGCUAGUCCGACUAUGUAGCAGCGCCGAAACCUUUGACGAUGUAAAACUUCUUCUACCUUUAGACGAAGUUGGCCGACACGAGUUAGAUUUUAGGAUGUACAAAAAUCUCUCAAAACGCUCAAAAUAGAGAUAUUUAUAAAAAUGAAAUAUUUAUUGAAAAAAUAUUUUUGUAAAAUGUCUGAGAGAGAUUCAUGACACACGUCACUUAUACAUAUAGGAUUUAUAAACAAGUAUACUAAUAUGUAAUGUUUCAAUAAAAUCUUUUUAUCUUAAAGAA